UUUUUCUUGAAGGCAGCUUUUACUAAGCAAAAAGUGAAAGGAAAGAACCGCGAAAGUUGAAUUCUACGAAUUCAUAAGAGAAAAUUGAAAAAAAGAAGAUGACGAUCGAUUGUUUAGUGUUGGGUGCAGGACAAGAUGUAGGAAAAAGCUGUGUAGUGGUAACUAUAAAUGGCAAGAGGAUAAUGUUUGACUGUGGAAUGCAUAUGGGACACGACGAUCAUCGGAGAUACCCAGAUUUCUCUCUUAUAUCUGAGUCUGGUGACUUUGACAAUGCUCUUUCAUGCAUCAUCAUCACACAUUUCCACCUAGACCAUAUUGGAGCUCUUCCAUAUUUUACUGAAGUUUGUGGGUACAAUGGCCCCAUAUACAUGACGUAUCCAACAAAAGCUUUAGCUCCAUUGAUGCUGGAAGAUUAUCGCAGAGUGUUGGUUGAUAGAAGGGGAGAGAAAGAGCAAUUUAGUUCUGAGAAUAUCACAGAUUGCAUGAAAAAAGUUACUGCAGUGGAUUUGAAGCAGACUGUGCUGGUUGAUCGAGACCUUCAAAUUCGAGCAUACUACGCUGGACAUGUUCUUGGUGCUGCAAUGUUUUAUGCUAAAGUGGGCGAUGCUGCUAUGGUAUAUACUGGAGAUUAUAAUAUGACGGCUGAUAGACAUCUUGGAGCUGCUCAAAUUGACCGGCUGCAGCUGGACCUUGUCAUAACAGAGUCAACUUAUGCAACCACCAUCCGCGAUUCCAAAUAUGUUCGGGAGAGGGAGUUUCUCGAAGCAAUUCACAAAUGUGUUGAUAGCGGAGGAAAGGUGCUCAUCCCUGCAUUUGCUCUUGGAAGAGCUCAGGAACUCUGUAUGUUAUUGGAUGACUAUUGGGAGCGGAUGAAUCUUAAAGUUCCUAUUUAUUUUUCCGCAGGUUUGACUAUACAAGCUAAUAUGUACUAUAAAGUUCUCAUAAACUGGGCCAGCCAAAAGGUGAAAAAUCUUUCCGCAACACGCAAUGCAUUUGACUUCAAAAAUGUCCACAAUUUUGAACGUUCCAUGAUAAAUGCUCCUGGACCUUGUGUUUUAUUUGCUACUCCCGGCAUGCUAAGUGGUGGAUUUUCACUUGAAGUUUUCAAGCAAUGGGCUCCGUACGAACAAAACCUGAUAGCUCUACCAGGAUAUUGUUUGGCUGAGACAGUAGGACACAAGUUGAUGAGAGCUAAACCUCCUGCCAGAAUCGAUGUUGAUAAAAGCACCCAGAUUGAUGUGCGCUGCCAGAUUCAUCAGCUGUCUUUUAGUCCACAUACUGAUUCCAAGGGAAUCAUGGAUCUGAUCAGAUUUCUGUCACCCAAAAAUGUAAUACUUGUACAUGGGGAAAAGCCCAAGAUGGCAUCGCUCAAAGAGAGAAUUGAAUCAGAUCUUAGGAUCCCGUGCUAUUAUCCUGCAAAUAAUGAGUCUCAGCGCAUUGAAUCAACUCAAUAUAUUAAAGCUGAGGCAUCCAAAUCAUUUCUCCAAAGUUCUUUGAGCCCAAAUUUCAAGUUUCUAAAAACAAUUUCAAGAGCAGACACUGGUUUCAUUCUUAAUGAGAGAGCUGAGUCUUGUGUACAAGUAUGUGAUGACAGAGUAGCUGAAGGGGCAGUCAUCAUGCAGAAAGACCAGCACCCAAAAAUUGUACACCAGAAUGAGUUAAUGGAUAUCUUAGAAGCAGAAAAUCAUAAAGUUCAGGUUGCUUACUGUUGUCCAGUGUGCGUCCCUAAUGAACCUAAAAAUGUACCUUUGUCACCAGGAGAAGAUAUGCAUCCUGUGCUUGAUAAACGCUCCUUGCUGCAUUUAUUAUACACAAAACUCUCAAAUGAUUUUCAAGAUGUAACAAUUCAGAAUGAUGGGGACUGUCUCCAGAUAGGGUCGUUGACUGUCUCUCCCUGUCCGAAGGAGAAGUGUCCUCAUAGAAGACAUGUUAAUCCAGUUAGUACAUCUGAAGCAGUAAACUUUUGCUGCACGUGGUCAACGGAAGAUGAGAAACUUGCUUGGAGGGUCAUCUCAAUCAUGAAGAAUUUGGAGUUGAAGACAAGUGCUCAUUUAGAAUUGAAAAAAUGUUCUGAUGAGGGUUCUUAG